UCUCCUGCUCGUCCCCGCGCCACUGGGAGCGCGCAGGACCCGUCCCUUCAGCAGCGCAUCCAUCCAUCCUGCCGCGGAGCCGGGUGAUCGUGGAGCCGCACCGAGCGCACACACCGAGAGAGAGGGAGAAAGAGGGAGAGAAAGAGAGCGAGAGACAGAAGAUGGACGGAGUGGGAUCGUUCGGAGCGGGCCGAACCGGGACCGCUGUGGACCCGAUCACGUUCGCCAAGCAGCCGCAGACCAUCCUGAGAGUGCUCUCCUGGAUAUUCUCCCUGGUGGUCUUCGCCUCCAUCGUGAACGAGGGUUAUGUCAACCUGGGCAGUGAGCGCCUUCACUGCGUCUUCAACAGGAACGGUGACGCCUGCAACUACGGCGUGUUUGUGGGCCUGGUGGGCCUGCUGGCAUGCUCCUUCUUCUUCCUUCUCGACUACAAGUUCUCCUCCAUCAGCUCGGUCAAAGACAGGAAGAAGGCUGUGAUGCUGGAGAUUGGCUUCUCAGGUGUUUGGACCUUUCUGUACUUUGUAAGUUUCUGCUUCCUAGCCAAUCAGUGGUCUCGGACCAAAGUCGAUGAUCUGCCUCUCAACCAGGGAGCAGAUGCAGCACGGGCAGCAAUCGCCUUCUCCUUCUUCUCCAUAAUCACAUGGGCUGGCCUAACAGUGCGUGCAGUCCAGAAGUAUCUUCUGGGUACAGACAUGACCCUGUUUACCACUGAGCACAUGGACGGCGCCGCGCCCACCCAGCCGUACCCGUCCAGUUCGCCAGGCGGCGUCCCGGCCGAGACCACAGAAGCCUACCAGAGCCCGCCCUUCACCGAGAACAACACGACCCCCACAUACCAGGUUCCCAUUUACUAGGACAGACGGACGUGACGGUGGAAGAAUUGCAGAUGAGAGGAAAUAGCUUUCUGUGAUUUCUGUUUCAAGUGAAGCUGUUUAUGAGUUGAUCCGGGGCACAGUUUUCAGUCGCUGUUAGAAAAAGCAAAAAAAAAAAAAAAAAGAAAGAAAAUAGUCAGGCGUCUGCUUCUUUGUUUCCUCCUCUCGUUUCCUGCCCCCUCCUGAACAUUCCAGCUUUAUCUGCCUUUUUUCUAGACCUGCAGAAAGGACAUUCCUCCUGCAUCAACGCAGAUAAAUCGAAAUCAAAACCAGAGGAGGGAAAACAGAAGCGGGUCGCGAGUAAAGUGUUUCCAACACCAUUUUGUCAAAGAAAGAGAUGAAGUGCUGAACAAGUUCCACCACAACAAAGCCGUUUUAAAGGCGCUCUCUUGCAGCACCUUGAUCUUGUUGCUUUCAUUCGUUCAGGUGUCCCCUUUUCUUGCAAAAAAAAGGGAAUGCUCUUGUUUUCUUUCUUUUUCUAUCUUUUUUUAAAGCUGCACUGACAACUCCUCCUGAGCUCCCAGCUGGUGAUCAUCUGCACUGAAUCUGUACGUUUCCAGAUGUAGAGAUCAACUAAGUGCCAUAUUGUUCGGAAAGUGACUUAGUUUAGUUGGUUUUCCUCAUGCUGUACACGACGGCAAUGUUUUGAGACCGAGUGCAAUAUCUCGCAUUCUUAUGUACUGUAGGGUAGGCACACACUGUACUGUACUGGAGGUAGAGAGGUCAUAGUCAAGGCAGGUCAACUUUAGGUUCUGCCUCAAAUAACAUACUUCUGAAAUUCCUGUAAACUCCUUACCCUGGAACGUUUCUAAUACAAACAUGCAUAACAAAUGAGCAGCUGUCAAAAUUGAAAUGAUCAUUCCCAGAAUUAGGGUCUUUCUAGGAAUCCUCAGAGAUGAAAAUAGCAUCGCAACGGAGAAUAUUUCUUCUCUGCUUUAUCCCUGUAGAUGAAUUGUGAGACUUUAUUUCAUUCAUGUAGGCAGUUAAGUUUGAUUACAACGAUAACUCAAUUCAUAAACGCAGUGUUUUACUUUUCUGCAGAGCCGAGCAAAAUCUGAAUUAGGCCAUGGGCAGAAUUUUCUUUAGGGGAACCCUCAAGUUUUUUUGUUCGUUUGUUUUGCAUUCACCUCUUAUUAUACAGAUAAUUAAUGAACCAAUUAUAAAUUAAUUUUACUUUGUGAUGUAUUGUGCUUUGGAUGACCACAACAUUAUCUACUUUGAAUUAUUUCUUAUUGACAUUUCUGGUUAAGUGCUCAUUUUAAUCAUUUUCAUCAAUUUAAUAUUCAUUGAUUUUGUUCUCGUUUUUACAUACAGUGAAGAAACGAUAAAACUAUAAACAUCUGACAUUUCUAGUUGGUACACACAGCUGUCCAAAUGUGAAAGGCCUACACAUAUGCUAUAUGUUGAAGGAAAAACCAAAAGCUGCAACAACAUGGAUGAAGAAAAGAAGACCCAAGAAGAGACAUUUUGUUGAAGCAACUUUUGUGUCAGUUUCUGCCUUCAGAGUAUGUGAGCAAAAAGUCUCAUAAUCCAUCCGCAGUGGAUGAGAAUGCAAACGAGGUGUGUAAUCUGAGACAGCAUCCUAUUGUACGAGUGUAAGACGAGGUGUGUAGGAGAAAUUGGGUCCUUUUAUGUUUCCAUUUAUUUUUUUAAAGCUGCCAAACUGUCCUGUGUUGCUAUUGCUCUGUUAGUGUUCAUAGCAUUUUCUUUAGAAUACAGGUGAGCUUUUAUUAAUGUCGGGUCAAGUCUCAGACAAAAGAAAGAAGAAUGAAUCUAAAGUUGAUGUCUGAUCCGUCAAUCCUCCAAUCCCGCGUUUAGAUCUGAGUGGGUUAAUUGUGACAUGGAUUGAUGUCGGGAGGAUGUGGGUCACCGUUUGCUCCGAUGUAUAUAGUACCACCACUUCUGUGCUGUGGUUCACACACACACACACACACACACACACACACACACACACACACACACACACACACACACACACACGCACACACUUGCCAUUUGUCGAUCUGUCAUUGUCAUUGUCAUUGUAAUGAGGGGUUCACAUGAGAGCAACUGAGCGCGUGCACACAGAGAUUAGCAUGCAGGAUUAGAAUAACUGAUGUGUGAGUUUUUGCCACAUAAACCUUUUUUUUUUUCCUCCGCAUGUUUUUGUGACAGUUUUAGUUUUGCUCUAACUUGGAUUGUUUAUAAUUCAUCCUAAAUUGUACUGAAGUUAUCCGAAGUCCAAAGCAUGAAGUCGAGAGGUUUGUUUGUUUUCAAUAAGCAGCACCAAAUGUGAAGGCUUUUCUCAGAAGUCUCAUCUAAUCGGUUAUUUCAACUAUUUAUUAUUAUAAUUUUUUUAACAGUGGGCUUACAAUGCAAGGUGUAACUUUAAGCUCAACUAUAUUCUAACACUAAUAUUUUCUCAAAAGUCAGCUUGGCAAGUUGGACUUAAUAACACUUAAACUUUUUGUAUAGAGUUCAUUAAAUAUAGAAAAUUAAGUCAUUUUUAAGUUGGCUCCGAGGCAUUUUGCAGCGCUUUGCCAGCAGGCAGUAGAGUUAAAAAAAUAUGCCCCAACUCCCCAAAAACCAAAACUCUUGGCUCUUCGCUCAGUGUUUUUCCCAUCACUGUGAUCCUGGUGAUCACUCAUGUAAUUUACACAGAUAGCUGAAUGAGUGUUAAAUUGUGUAAAACAGUUUCAGGUUGCUGAUACUUCUGCAACAGGGAACAUCAGCAGGCAGCUAGAAAUGAAAGCCGAGUGAAAAAAACUCAAACUAAUUUAAAUGUCCAUUUUGGAUUUAAAAAAAAAAAAAAACCCCAGCUUGGGCUUCAGUUUAAUAUUUUAUGUUUUCAUAAAAGUAAUAAAUCACUUUUCAUUUAUUUUUAAUUUCUAAAUUCCGAUGAGGAAAAACUAUUUAUCAAACAAUGCACGGAAUCAAAACAAACGUCUGAUCAUGUGGACAGCUCAUUUGUGUUGCACAUCUGAACCCGACUACUCCCCCUAGUGGUUGUCUGACUUGACUCCCACCGUGUUUACAGCGACCGGCCGCCUGGUGCGUUUGGCCCUAUUCAAUGAAUUUAAACUUUAAAAAGUGAGGUGAAUGCAUUUACACACAUUUAUCUUUCUGAUCACUCCCAAGAGAAAUUCACUUAUUACUUGUGGUGGGAAAUGAUCAUAAUGAUAUUACUUAAGAGGGAGAGGGAAAAAAAAGCAUAAUUGUUUUUGAUUUAAGUCAUUUUUGGGUUAAUGUAAUGAAUUUUGGUUGCUGUCAAGUCAGGAUUAUUUUAUUGUUCUCAGUGCUUCAGUCUCUUAUUCAGUCAGUGUGGUAGAUGAUGAUGAUUAUUAAUAAUUCUAAUAAUAAUAAUUGAUACAAGCAUUCUCUGUGUUUUGUGCUCUGCUCUAUGUACACUAUUGUGGUAUUGGUUGAUUGUGAAAAAAAAAAAAAUCGAAAUAAAGUCUAAAAAAAAAAAAUAAAACCUCAGUAUGUUCAUGAAGUAAAUGGAACUCUUGUGUGUUGCUGUCCGGGGUCCGGUUUGUCCUGUGCUCCUGAAAAUAAGAAAAUAUUAUCAAUAAGAGUUAUUUAUUACGUAGACUGCACUCCUUUUUGCAAAUACUUUGUGGGGAACUCGUUAAACAGGGCCGACGUUGAUGUUUUACGCCAUCGUUCUGUUGUUUUGUGAAGCUGAAGUGAUGAAAAGGCUGUUAGAUGUAGUUCAGCUGGCGCCAUCCGUGGUACCAGAACAAUACAUUGCAUGGAUUUUACAAUACACCCGUCCCUACAGCCCCUCCCCUUUAAAAUAAAUCUAUAAAUAAUACAAGGAUUCUCAUUGACUGACGAAGCGGUGAUGGUUUUUGUAGCGGGCCAGCCCUUUAACAUGUUUCUAAGUUGUUUUCUCCUGUUCUGAAGCUGUAUGGUCUCUUCAGUGUAAACUCGCUGUGUACAGAGAUGUGUGUCACUGUCUGUUACCUGGACUGCAGUCUGACCAUCACGCCAAUAAAAGACAAAAAUCGCUUUU